AUGGAGCUAUCAGAAAAUGAUCAACUUACCCAAGAAAAAGUAGACCACGUUACGUUCAUGCAGAAAUUGUCGGAGCAGUCCUCAUUCGAGAUCGAGGAACGGAAGAGCCCUUUCCUGCCCAGUCACACUGAAGCAAAUUCAGCGGUUGAGGAACCCACCAUAGCCCUUACUCAGGAAGAAUUAGAUCACAUUGCCUACGUACAGAAACUAGCAGAAGAAUCUUCUUGUGGAAUAUCUGCUCUACAAAACCUUUCAACGUCGAACUUGAAUAUACAGAAGUUGGCAAAGGAUUCUUCCAUCGAAAAGGCUGGCCAACAAAAGUUUGCCGAAGUGGCCUUGGUUGAACAGCUUACAAAGGAAGAGCUUGAUCAUAUAGCAAACAUACAACUUUUAGCAGAGGCAUGUGUGCCCCAGCUGAAGACACAGCCAAACCCUUCGCAAGGCAAUGUUGAAACUUACAUCCCACCAGCAGCAAGAACAUCGGUAGAAAAGGCUGAAAUCGCACAGCAUGUACUUUGUGAUAAGGAAAGAACAGAUUCAACUUUUGGUGUCGAACCUUCUCCCAGGGGGGACACUUCACAACAUGAUAUCUCAUCUACGAUAAGACUUAGUGAGGAAAAUCCUAGCUACUUGCAGUCGCUGGAAGAGACUACCUCUGAUCAGCUUGCACAACAUCUGAGAUCGAUGCAGCCAUGCAAGGAAGGAAUUACUACGCUAGAGGAACCUUCUAUGCCAUAUCUCGAAGAAGUAAAGGGAUCACAGACACGGGUAGAAGAAAAUUCCCAACUUACACAGGAAGAGUUAGACCACAUAGCUUACGUACAGCGUCUUGCAGAAGAAUCUUUGUACAGCUCCAGCGCUCCCUUGGGCAAGGAUCACAAUGCAGCAAUAUUAUGGGCACCAAAAGCUUCCGAGGCUCACAAGAUUGCUCAGGAACAACUCAGUGAUCAGAGCAUAUCGGAAUCAACUUCUGGAGCGGAUCAGCUAUCAGCAUCUGAUCUUUCUUCACCGGCUGAAUCCGAAGACAAUAUCGGACAUUUUGCAUUCGAACAAUUGGGCCAUAGAAUGGAUGCAGAACCAACUCCCACAACAACUGUCACACAGAAGCAAUUGCAUCAUAUCGCAUACAAACAGACUUUGACAGAAGAGUUUUCAGUUGGGAAGCCGACAUACGAAAAUCGUUUUACACCGCAUGAUACUGUGAGCCAUAGUGAGGCAGACUCCGGCUCAGAAGGCGACAGCGAAUAUGUUGUUCAAAAGGAACGCGACCAAGCGGAUGCACAGCCUUUAGAAAAGGGAUCUGCGUUUGAAUCAUUACUAGAAAAGAAUCCUGCAAAGACAGAAAGCAUUAUUUUAUCUUGGGCCUCUGAAGAAUUUAUGAAUGAGCCAGUUAAGCAAGAGCCUCUGAACCUAAUAAAGAAUCAGGACAAUUUGGAAUCAACUCUAGGAGCCGACCAGGUGACGUCGAAUUUGCGUUCAUUUGAAGAGGGAGCUUUGUCUGAUGUGCAGCCGUUCUCUAUCGUGCAAGAUUAUAGCAAUAUAAAACCUACGGCACAAGGGAAAGGAACUUUGGAGGAUUACUACUUCGCUCAGGAUGAACGAGGUCAUACUACAUCUGCAGCACAAGGCAAUAAAGAGCAGUCGAAAACUUUUUAUACAAUAGAAGAUGCACAAUAUAUGCAAACUGAAGACUCUUAUAGGGACUUAACUUCAAGUGUUUCCCACGAAAGAGAUCAACUGGUGGUUCAGGAAAGAAAAGAACAUAAUAAUGCAGCCGCAGAUACAUGCAUUACAGCAGAAUCAGAAGAUGAUGGUAAUGCUGAGGAAAAAACUGCUUUAUCACAAAGAGCAUUUUCUUCGCCUAAAGCGGAGAAUUUUUCUGCGCUGAGGUCAUCGAGCUUGACUUCUUCUGCCAACAGAACUACUAAAAUGAGCAACUUUGAACCAUUCAGUAGAAGCACAUCAAUCAAUUACACGUUCAACAUGGGACGUGUAAGAAGUGUAAGCUCCUCCAGGCACACUUCAACAACGCUUGCCGGAAUAGAUGAUACCGCGAAUUCUGAAGAGGAUUACAGAAGUGGAACCACGAAUGAUACCCAUUCUCGAGGAGGGUCCAGCGUUCACGUUAUCUAUACAGACCAUUCAUUACGAGCAUCACAAUCAUCACAUCAGGGAGAAGUAUCGGAGCCGGAGGACGAUGGUCUUUUUGGCGAUCCUUUCGGAAAUUCUGCUGAUCAGGACGAGAAGAAAAUUUUGCCGCAGAUAGGAGUGAUUGUUGCCGACACGGAUGACGAAAAGACACUACGUCGCUCCAUGAGUGAUGUCGUUCAGGACGAAAGCGAGUCGUUAAUUCGUGAACAUCUUCGCUGUUCUCUAAGCUCAAGUUGCGUUUCGAAUGUCUGCUCACAGAACCACGCUCAUUUGAACGCGUACGAAUUGUGCGAACGGCACAGCUUCACGGACAGCAGAGAUCUACUGUGCAAUGUCGAUUUCUUGUGCAGACUGAAUUUCGCUGCACAUCGACUGACUGAAGAUAUAGCUGAUGAAGCUGGACGAGAACUAAGAAUACACUACAGGGCCCAAUCAAAUCCAAGGGCACGCUAUUUUGCGGACACGGCUCUGCCCCGAUUCUCAGCUUCUUCCUCUAGCGUGGACGACGACCAAUCAUCAGGGUGA